AAAUAACGGUCGCCUUAAAACUCACGCUAAACAUUCGUGUGAAAGGGUUAUAUAAUGCCAAAUAUUCACGUUUUAUAUAUUCCAAAAUGGCGUUUGCGUUUCUUUUUGCCUGGUUUUUGAUUCUAGGUUCAUACCCCAGUGUAAGGUCCUGUCUGCAGUGUGACCCGGUGGUUCGUUAUGUGCACGAAGAUUUCCUGUCCUCAGUUGAAGGAAUCACUGUCCAUGAUCAGAUUGAACUGACGCAAAUAAUUGAGCAGGCUUACAUCAACUAUCAGGAGACCAGCACAUCAUUUCGGGGUGUCAUAGAUCCUACAACACUCUAUCGUGCACGGACUGAAUAUCAAAGUGAAUUCAAGAGGCACUGGAAAGAAGACAGGACAGGUUCUGUUCAGUGGGAUAUGAUUACUAUAGUGGAGAAAGGAAAGCGAAUCCUUCAGAAACAUUUGGAGAUUUUUGUUACCCAAGGUCUAUGCCCAAAUAAAUGUGGGCUGUUGUAUCAGAGAGUGAUGAACUGCACUUCCUGUCAGUAUAUGCUCUUUACAUGUCUGUCAGCCACUCCGCCUCUGGACUGUGGAGAGAAUCAUCUCAAGGCAGAUGAAGGAGAGGAGGUGGUGCUGGACUGUUUCCUACCUUGGCACGCUCUUGUCAUUGGACAGACCGAGUACCAUUACUCCUGGCAUCCUGAUGGAAAAAAUCUGUCACAUGAUGGGGAGUAUGAAGUGCUGGUGGUGACAGAGGAGUCUAAAAUUGUACUUAAUCAGCUGACAACCAGUGAGGAAGGCAUGUACUGCUGCCUCCUACAGGAUCAAAAGGGUACUGUGCUGUCCCGCAUUUAUUUUAAACUGAAAGUCAACCCACUGCCAUCUACAACCCCCAGACUGAUUGCGAUGUUGCCGUCCCUGCCCUCGGGUUAUGACGCCACACCUCGCCCUCAUAGGAGCAGUUUCCUCAUUAUAUUGAUUUUACUGACUGUACUCAGCAUCACAGGCAGCCUUGUCAUCAUAGUGUACCUCAGUGUGACCAUGAAGCGCCAGAAGGAGGAGAGAGACAGCAGGAGAGGAGGAGAGGGGGAGGAUGGAGAGAACAUUGAGCUGGUUUCUGUGACAGAAUGAGGGAUGUGAUCCAAAGAGGCACCCAGGGAUGAACACUGCCCUUAGUAACUUCAGCUUGCCCUGGGUCCAUAGGAGGAUUUGGAAAGGGGGCACCAAUUUGCAAAGGGGGUGCAACCGCGGACCCCUCUGAUUAGGUGACCUCAGAUGUGUUGUCUGUAUGAACAAGCACAUGAUGGCCCCUGAGUUCUGGAGGGAAAUGUUUCACAGCUGUGCAUAAACAGACGCCCAAAAACUGUAAAGAUGAGGGGCCCAAAGUUCUUCCACAACGAUGAGAGAGACUGAUAGUCAUAUAGAAAUUGAUAACUUAAAGUUAUUGCGACUAAAGGUGGUUCUACAAGCUAUUGAAUCAUGGGGUGUACUUAAGUUUUUCACACAUGGCUUCUCCAUUUUGGCCUAGUUUUGGUUAAAUAAAUAAUGACACGGU